AUGAUGAAUGGAACUGAUUGCACGCUCGGAAAAGUAGACAACAAACUUAUUGUGAACAAUACGGGUUCCGGUUUUUUAAGUAAUAAAGAAAUAAUUGAAGAAGGUGACACCGUAAUUAUUUAUGUCAAUUACGGAACGUCUUAUGCAGUGGAAGUGAAGCGUGGUCUCAUUCUCACAAUGAGAUAUGGUGCUUUGAAGCAUGAAUAUCUUAUAGGGAAACGUUAUGGAUCUCGUAUUAGUGCUACAGCGGGCUAUGUUUAUGUAUUACGUCCCAAUGCAGAAAUGUGGACUCGUGCUUUACUUCGUCGAACACAGAUUAUCUAUACACCCGAUUCCGCACUAAUUCUGAUGCUGUUAGAUGUUAAACCAGGAUCGAUAGUUUGUGAAUGUGGUACGGGAAGUGGCUCGCUUUCGCAUGCACUAGCAAUGGCUAUUGCACCCACGGGACACUUAUAUACGCACGAUAUUGAAGAGCCAAGGGUCAAACAGGUCGAGCUUGAGAUGAUGAAGCACGGAUUAGGGGAAGUUACUACGUGUGUGCAUCAAAAUGUUAUCGAAGACGGAUUUUCUGUGGAAAAUGCAUGCGAUGCUGUUUUUUUGGAUCUUCCCGCUCCGUGGAUUGCAAUCAGACAUGCAAAGCGUGCACUGAGUCAAAUACAUGGUGGACGUGUGGUCAGCUUCUCUCCCUGCAUUGAACAGAUCCAGAGAACAUGUAGCGCUCUUCAGUGCGAGGGAUUUGUGCAAAUCAGUACGGUGGAAUUAGUGCCGAGAAAGCUAAAAGUAAUUAUUUUUAUUUGUUUAACUUUUACUCUUUGUAUAUGA